AUGAGAGAGAUCGUGCACAUUCAAGCUGGGCAGUGUGGAAACCAAAUUGGAUCCAAAUUCUGGGAAGUAAUCUCCGAGGAGCACGGAAUUCAGCCCGACGGGACUUUCAAAGGGGAGAGCGAGCUUCAGCUGGAAAGAAUCAACGUCUACUUCAACGAAGGAAAGAGUCAGUGUUCCCAUAGACUGACCACUUGCAGAAUGUUUCUUUUCAGGAGGUAAGUACGUUCCUCGCGCCAUUCUCGUUGAUCUAGAGCCGGGAACCAUGGACGCCACCCGUUCUGGUACCUUCGGACAGCUCUUCCGUCCGGACAACUUUGUAUUCGGACAGUCCGGGGCCGGAAACAACUGGGCCAAAGGGCAUUACACAGAGGGAGCCGAGCUCAUCGACAAUGUUCUCGACGUGAUUCGCAAGGAGGCCGAAGGAUGCGACUGCCUUCAGGGAUUCCAGAUGACCCAUUCUCUCGGAGGAGGAACCGGGUCCGGAAUGGGAACCCUUCUCAUCUCCAAGAUCCGUGAGGAGUACCCGGACAGAAUCAUGAGCUCAUUCUCGGUCGUGCCGUCGCCGAAAGUAUCCGAGUGCGUCGUUGAGCCGUUCAACGCCACCCUCUCCGUCCACCAGCUCGUCGAGAACACCGACGAGACCUACUGCAUUGACAACGAGGCCCUCUACGAAAUCUGCCACAAAACCCUAAAGCUCACUAACCCGACCUAUGGAGACUUGAACCAUCUCGGUAUUCAGUUCAACUAUUACUUAUAGUUUCUAAUUUGACGUUUUCAGUGUCCUUGACUAUGUCUGGAGUCACCACCUGCCUCCGCUUCCCAGGACAACUCAACGCCGAUCUCCGCAAGCUGGCCGUGAACAUGGUGCCGUUCCCACGUCUCCACUUCUUCAUGCCAGGAUUCGCCCCACUCUGCGACAAGAAAACUUAG